AUGGUUGCCGCCACUACAGAUGUUCCAACUACUCAGCGAGCCGCUGUAAACAAGUCGUUCGGCCACACUGCAACUUUGGAGACCAUUGCCGUCAAGACUCCAGCAUCCGACGAAGUACUGGUUCAUAUUACCCACACAGGAGUGUGCCACACAGACUUACAUGCCCUUGAAGGAGAUAUACCAACUCCAUUGCCUCUAGUCGGUGGUCACGAGGGUGUUGGAAUAGUGGUCCAAUUGGGUGACAAGGUCACAAACGUUAAACUCGGCGACCGUGUUGGUGUAAACUACAUCUGGUCUAGCUGUGGAACAUGCGAUUACUGUCUGGAGGGUGAUUUCCAAGUGUGCCGAACUUUAGGAAUGGGUGGCAUUCACGUUGACGGAACAUUCCAAGAAUAUCAGAUUGCAAAAGCUGCAUACGUUGUCCCUAUUCCAGACAAUGUCAGUGAUGUAGACGCCGCACCCAUCCUCUGCGCUGGAGUAACGGUCUUCCGAGGUCUCAAAGACACGAACUGUCAACCAGGACAAUUUGUGGCGAUUGUUGGAGCUGGUGGUGGACUCGGCCAUUUAGCAACACAAUAUGCUAAAGCUAUGGGUUUCCGAGUAGUUGCCAUUGACGCAGGGGCAGCAAAGGAAGCUUUGACCAAGUCGCUUGGGGCUGAGAUUUUCAUCGACGUCGCUCAGAGCAAAAACCUUGUUGAGGAUGUAGUCAAGGCAACAAACGGUGGUGUACAAGGUGCCCUGAUCGUUGCGACAAACCAAUCGGCCUUUUCAACAGCACCCUACUACCUUCGCCCCACCGGCACUAUGGUUUGUGUCGGUGCUCCAAAGGACGGCAAACUUGAAGUCAUACUUGGCGUUGCAAUAAUUCGACGACUUACACUCAAGGGCUCCAUUCUUGGUAGUCGUAACGAUAUGAAGAUGGCCAUGGACUUUGUUGCUCGUGGUCUAGUUGUCCCUCAUAUUGAAGUAUGCGGCCUUUCCGAAAUAAACUCAGUUUAUGAGAGAAUGAGAAAGGGUGAAAUCGCCGGUCGUGUCGUUCUUGACACGACAAAGUAA